AUGUCUAGAAGGUACGACUCCAGAACGACCAUCUUCUCACCCGAGGGAAGACUCUACCAGGUCGAAUAUGCUCAGGAAGCCAUUUCCUUGGCGGGAACUGCCAUUGGUAUUUUGGCAAAAGACGGCGUUGUGUUAGCUUGUGAGAAGAAAUUCACGUCCAAAUUGUUAGAUGACGAUGGAUCCGCAGAGAAAUUGUACGCACUUAACGAUAACAUGAUUGCUGCUGUCGCAGGAAUGACCGCCGAUGCUUCUAUCUUGGUCAACCAUGCGCGGUACGCUGCCCAGAAAUACCUCAAGACCUACAAUGAACAGAUGCCAUGUGAGAUGUUGAUCAAACGAGUAUGUGACAUCAAGCAGGGAUACACUCAACAUGGAGGAUUGCGUCCGUUCGGUGUAAGUUUCCUUUACGCUGGUUAUGAUGACAAGUACCAAUUCCAGCUCUUCACUUCCAACCCAUCCGGUAACUAUUCUGGAUGGAGAGCCACCAGUAUUGGAGCCAACAACUCUGCAGCGCAAACGUUGUUGAAGAAGGACUACAAGGACGAUUUGUCGUUGGAAGAGGCAUGUCAGCUAGCAGUGAAGGUGUUACUGAAGACCAUGGAUAGCCAGAACUUGAACGGUGAGAAGUUGGAAUUUGCAACUUUGUCGUUGAAUAAAGCUGAGAGUGCACCCGAGUCUACGGGAAAUGAAGCUACUCGAGGACCUGCCACCGAUGAAGUGACGCAUAGAAUCUGGAGAGAACAAGAAAUCGACGAGCUCAUCAAGAAGCUGGGGGUUUUAGACGAGAAGAAGGAGGAGGAGUAG